AUGGCGUUCCCAAAAUUGACCUUGACCGUGAAGCCUCUAGACCUUGCAAAGACUGGUGAUGACUUACACUUUGAGAAAGUUGGCUGGGAUCAGGAUGGUAUUUGCGAGGUCAUCGUGAGGCUGGCCCGUGGCCUUUUUGUCACAAUCGAAUGCAUGAGCGGGCGCGAUGUUCCCACGCCAUCCCAACCUUCGAUCCUUCUCUGCCUAUUGAGUCGUCUCCACACACCCCAGAAAAGGACUGCACGUAGCAUCAGAGCACGGUUGCCCAUGGUCCUCAGGCAGAUAGGCAAGGUGGUCUGUGAGGCGCAGAACUGGGCCAGGGUUAAGCCGCGUUCGAGUCUUGGUUCUCCUGCACCCCACCCACCGCCGGUCGAAACAAAGUCCUGGGGCUGCGAUGCCUGGACCAGCGCCGUUCCCACCAACGCCAGAGCUGUAGCGACCCACCAGGCACCCGAUGACGGUGUGCCGCCCCCUCUUCGGCCCCCCCCCCUGGCGCAGGCCCUCGGCGGCAAGAGAAGUCUUCUGAAAGGCCCGUGGCGAGACUUCAUCCGCUCAGUGACCAAGCCAGCCUGA